AUGAGACCGAAAAGUAGCGCCGCCGUUCUGCAGAAGACGUACGACCAAACUUACCUCAUAUGCUCGACCGCUAUUUACUUCGAAUCGAAAGGAAAUGAAGACGAAGCACUCCGGUCUUGGAAAGAAGGGCUUCAACUGAUCCAGUCAUAUGAAAGGACCUCGGCUGCUAGAAAGUCGUCUGGCAGCCUUUCCUUAACCGAAAAAGCCCUGAUUGAGAGCUUGGGCGAUCUUAAGUUACAAUGCUUGGACCGAAUCGAUACAAUAGAAGUGAUGAAGCUUAGUAGGAGGGAGGAGGAGGAACAACAAAAUCUUCUACGGCAUUAUAACGGGGGUACAGAAUCAUCGAACCUCAAUUCACCGUCCACGUCAGCUUUUGGGGCGGCGCCUGAAAUUCGAAACGCAAAUGCGUCUCCGUAUUUUUUCGUCGGUGAGGAGGAUGACGGUGCUAGCCUAAGGCCACCUCAUGACAGGCGGCCAUCGGGAUCCAGUAUCAAUACAUCAUCAACUUACAACUUAGGUGGUCUACCCCCGAAUGCUGCUACAAUGUCGAAUUCCCGGACACGAUCCUCUAGCCCUGAAAAGAAGAGUUUGCUUGCAACCCUACGAAACUCUAGUGGGGGGUCCAGCAGCAAAGUCGGGCAGCGACGCCAUAAUCCCAAACCUACUGGGCAGGAAUCCGUGGCUGCUGCUGCAAAAGCUGCCACUAGGGCAUGGGGUGGUGGGAGGCAGCACGAUAGUAUGGGCCGUUCACUUCCAGAUAGAUCAACCGUUACGAUAGGUUCUCGACACUCUGCGGAGACUUCUACUAUUGAUCUUACUCGUACACACUCGGAUGGACAAGCACAGUCGCCCGUUUACUCUUCUAUGCAUCAUCUUCACACCAGCUCGUCAGCAUCAAAUAUUGGCGGCAUACCAACUUCACGGUCUGCUCCAGCAUCUUCAGUGUUGAGCCCGCCCCUCCCCCCUCCACCCCCUAUACCACCGCAUGCAACCGUUCCACCUCCUCUACCACCUCAUGCAACCCAUCAGCAUACUCAAAAUGAAUACUUUCCGGACCCUUUGUAUUACAUGGUUCCCCCGCACGAAACAUGUUCGUAUGCGCCCCCCCCUCCACCGCCACCGCCACCUCCACCUCCACCAUUUAAGAGCUACGGCCAAGCUCCCGCCUACUCACCCUACGCUACGUACCCGGAUGUCUCUAAUCUCAAAAUAUCUGCACCCUCAAGUAACUUGAGAGGUACUCUUGAACCCGAACCGCCCGAAUUGCCCCCGCGAUCACCCCCUCGCCCGGAGAAGGUAGCCCCACCGCCACCGCCGCCGAAGAAACCCUCGAUUCAAGUCCCGAAGGUUCCAACCCCAAGUAGCCGUCUAAAUCCUAGGGCACAGGAUCAGUCAGAACGGGCGAAGGGCCCCGUACCACCUUCAACACGAAGAACAUCACAAGAUUUCAAAUGGCCUGCAAAUCCGACAACAACUCCAAAAAUUGAAACGCCUAGGAAGCCAUCUCCCGCUAGUGACAAGCCUAGCAGAACCGUUAAGUAUGGAUUGGCUCGCGAGUCGAGCGAUGACCCAAAACCGAAGAAGGCAGGUAAGGCAACCGAAAAAGAGCCGGUUUAUGAGCUCGUUGAUUCUCCCAAUGCUACCGAAACCACCGCAGAAAUAUCGGAAGACGAUGCAUGGGAGAAGCGCGUAAAGGCGGCAUUGAAGAGCUUGGACAAGGGGGUUGAUCAGGGUGCAGCGAAACAAAUCCUCAAUGAGAUCGUAAUACACGGAGAUGAAGUUCACUGGGAAGAUAUUUCAGGCUUAGAGGUAGCCAAACUUGCAUUAAAGGAGGCUGUAGUAUAUCCUUUCCUCAGGCCCGAUUUAUUUCGUGGUCUAAGAGAGCCCGCAAGGGGUAUGCUUUUGUUCGGGCCUCCGGGAACCGGGAAGACCAUGCUUGCAAGAGCCGUCGCCACAGAAUCCAAAUCCACUUUCUUUUCGAUCUCGGCUUCCUCAUUGACGAGCAAAUACCUUGGUGAAUCCGAGAAGCUCGUUCGCGCGCUUUUCCAACUUGCAAAAGCUCUCGCCCCAUCCAUUAUCUUUAUAGAUGAAAUUGAUUCUCUUUUAUCCAGCCGGAGUGGUGGCAAUGAGCACGAAGCUACACGACGGAUAAAGACGGAGUUUUUAAUCCAGUGGAGCGCCCUGCAACGCGCCGCCGCCGGGAAGGAAUCGAAGAGUACAGAUUCUGGAGAUGCCUCUAGAGUCCUUGUUCUUGCUGCUACAAAUUUACCAUGGGAAAUUGAUGAAGCUGCACGCCGAAGAUUUGUGAGACGGCAGUAUAUUCCUCUCCCUGAAGGGCCAGUCAGGGUCCAGCAAUUAAGAAACUUGCUCGGACAGCAGAAACACACACUUACUGAGAAUGAUAUGUGGCAAUUAGAGGGCCUCACAGAAGACUUUUCCGGAUCUGAUAUUACGGCUCUGGCAAAGGACGCCGCGAUGGGUCCGCUGCGAAGCCUUGGCGAGUCUCUCUUGCACAUGAAAAUGGAGGAUAUUCGACCUAUCAUGCUGGAGGAUUUCAAAGCGAGUUUAAAAAGCAUUAGACCCAGUGUUAGUAAGGAAGGGCUCCAACAAUACGAAGAUUGGGCGAAAGAUUUUGGUGAGAGAGCUGCGUAG